AUUCAACGAAACCAAGAUGUCUGCUUCCAUAAUCAAGAACAAAUUAACUUUUUAAAAGAUAAUCUACAGCAAUUUCAUGCUUUAAAAGUGAUGUAUGAGGUUCUUGGGUGCAGAUAUUGACCUUAAUUUGAAAGAAUUGAAGAAUCAUUCCUUGAAUGGUCAUUGUAAAUUUUAAGCUUUAAUAUGACCAGAGUACUCUCAUUAUUUCAAAACCUGGGCUUCCAUGUCACCAAAACGCGAUGUGCUGCAAUUAACUGUAUUCGAGCGAAUUCCAAUCAGACUUCCCCAGAUCCAUGGAGUGUGAAUCCCAUAAAAGACCUGCAAGACUUGGUGGCAAUUCCCAUUGUUAAAGAAAACUACCAGGUAUUCAAUCCAUCCCUGAGGGAAAUAGAACAGGGGCAUGAACUCUUCAAACAGAAGGCAGGACGUGAAAUCACCAUGAUCAAGUCUGUGGUUUCACUAGAGAGACUUCCAGAGCAGAACAUUCCUGAAGUGUCAUUUGUUGGCCAAAGCAAUGUUGGGAAGUCUUCUUUAAUCAGUGCUUUGUUUAAUCACUCUAAAAACAGUCCUUUUAUCAAGAUUGGCAAAAAACCUGGGUUGACCAAAACGCUUCUGUUUUUCGAAGUAAAAAAACUCUUCACCCUUGUGGAUAUGCCAGGCUAUGGGAAAAAAAUGCCUACCUAUUACAUGAAGUCCAUGCAUGGCUACCUGAAGACAAGGAAUGUGCUGUGUAGAUCAUUUUUACUGGUAGACAGUGAGAUGGGAUUGUGUGAUGUGGAUAAAGAAGGACUGAGGAUGAUGGAAGAUUUAGCCAAACCAUAUGCUAUUGUGUUGACAAAAAUUGACAAGCCCCGCAGAUCUGUUCUACUGAAGAAUCUACUGGAGGUGUUAGACUAUAUCAACAAACACACACAUAUUUGCUUUCCUCAGCCAUUCCUUGUCAGUUCCCCUUCUCUGUCUGGGAUUAAAUAUCUACAGACCUUUAUCGCUCACACAACGGGAAAUUUACACCUUGCUUCAAAAAACACAGAACAAACAUGAAAAUUAACGUUCAGCUCAAAGGCAGGAUGACACACACAGAUAAAGGAUGUCAAAGCCAGCAAAAAAUGUUGGUAUCUAACAAAACAGGAAAUGCUACCGUUUUCCUCCCACAACAUACACCGGAAAUAGACAAGGGGAAAUGAACAGUGAAUUGUGAAGUGUGUUGAUAUGCAAGAGGGACAUGGUAGAAAUUACAAACUUAAAAUGUAUACCAGAGCCAGAUGCAACAGGAAAUCAUAAGGGUGCCACUGGUUUACCAUGGGAGCAUCUAACAUGAUUUAAAUAUUGAGGGCACGUAUAUAUUGAUGAUAUAUAUGUAUAAAUUUAUAUAUGAAUGAAAUAUAUGAAUAAAUAUAUAGGCCAACUGGAGGAACUUUUCCCGUGCAUUGGGCAAAAAAAAAUUAAGACACACGAAAGAUGGAAAAUGCUUCACGGCGAUUGAAUGGUGGAAAAAUACACUAUUAAACUAGUAAACAAAUUCCAUGUAUUUUAGUCAUCAAAGAUUCAUUUCAUUCAUAGUCAUCAAAUCAUUUUCUUUUCCCUUCUUACAAAUACAAAAUGUAGCCAAAAAAUACAAAAUUACCUUAUAAUAAAAACAACACAUAUUAAAACAAUUUUGUUAUUUUUAUUUGAUGUAAUAUUUUUCAUAUUUAUAAUUACAUAAGUUGGGAAUUAAAAGUAUUUUAAAAAAGAAAAAGUGUUUUGUAAAAGAAAAAAAUACAUCACAAAGUAUCACAGUGUAUUUGAAGAAAAGAGAAACUCAAUUUAAAAAUGUGCAGGUGAAUUAACACAAAAAUUGUAUAUAAUUGCUGUUUUAGUUAAGAAAAGUUAGAUACAAUCUGAGAUUGGCAUAUACGUACAUGUAUAAUUACAUUCAGGUAUUAUUUUAAAAAUUUCUAGCUCUUAAAAUUAUCUAAAUAAAAUAAACUUCUAAAAACAUGUACAUGUACUAUUUAAAAGCUACAUGUUUGAUUUAAAUUUACAAAUGAUUUACUUUACUCAAACUAACUAAAUGUUUUCUAAAAUGGUAAUACAUUGUACAUGUAUGUCUAUCAAUAUAAUGUACUGUUAAAACAAAAAAAUCAUACUUCAGCCUGUUGCAGCGGAAAUUUUUGUAGGCUGAAUGACAUAUCCUAAACAAAAAAAUGUUUUGAUAUGAACAUUUACUGGAAUUAUUUAGUGAAAUUAUUUUGGAGAAAUAUUGUUCGGCAGAUUUUUUCCAUGCAUACAUUAUAGAUAUGAGUCAAUAUUCUUUUUUCUUUU